CCGACGGCUCGCGCUCAGGGCCCGGCGCGCCGGGUGAGCCGCGCGGCCGGAGGGGCCCCGCCUUCUCGGCACGGGCGUGGGGGUCAGCUGGGCAGCCGGCGGGGCGUGCAAACUUUGCCCCCCGCGUCUGCGGGAGCACAGGAGCCGGCGUGCGGCUUCAAGAUCGAGUAGGAGACAGACAGAGUGAUUCUCCCAAAUCCAUCUGCUCCAGCCGACAUUCUCAUUGGGAAUGGACCAUGGAAUGUUCUCUAGCUUUAUCAUGACCAAGAACCUCCUUCUCUUCUGUGUUUCCAUGAACUUAGCCAGUCAUUUUGGCUCCUCGCAAGUGCCAGCUGGCUCGGUGAGUGAUGAGACUAAUGACAACAUCACCGUCUUCACACGGAUCCUGGACGGUCUCCUGGAUGGCUACGACAGCAGACUGCGCCCGGGGCUCCGAGGAGAGGCGCCAGGGCUCCAAGAAAUCACCCAGGUGAGGACGGACAUCUACGUCACCAGCUUCGGGCCCGUGUCGGAUACAGAGAUGGAAUACACCAUCGACGUGUUCUUCCGGCAAAGCUGGAAGGACGAGCGGCUGCGCUUCAAGGGCCCCAUGCAGCGGCUGCCGCUCAACAACCUGCUGGCCAGCAAGAUCUGGACCCCCGACACCUUCUUCCACAACGGCAAGAAGUCCAUCGCACAUAACAUGACAACGCCCAACAAGCUGCUGCGGCUGGAGGAUGACGGCACGCUGCUCUACACCAUGCGCCUGACCAUCUCUGCGGAGUGCCCGAUGCAGCUGGAAGAUUUUCCCAUGGAUGCCCACGCCUGCCCCCUGAAAUUCGGCAGCUAUGCGUACCCUAACUCUGAGGUCGUCUAUGUGUGGACCAAUGGCACCACCAAGUCGGUGGUGGUGGCGGAAGACGGCUCCAGGCUGAACCAGUACCACCUGAUGGGGCACACGGUGGGCACGGAGAAUAUCAGCACCAGCACAGGCGAGUACACCAUCAUGACGGCACACUUCCACCUGAAGAGGAAGAUCGGGUACUUUGUCAUCCAGACCUACCUGCCCUGUAUCAUGACUGUCAUCCUGUCCCAGGUGUCCUUUUGGUUGAACCGAGAGUCCGUUCCAGCCAGGACCGUGUUUGGGGUUACCACAGUGCUGACCAUGACCACCCUCAGCAUCAGUGCCCGCAACUCCCUGCCCAAGGUGGCAUAUGCCACCGCUAUGGACUGGUUCAUCGCCGUGUGCUAUGCCUUCGUCUUCUCUGCGCUGAUUGAAUUUGCCACCGUCAACUACUUCACCAAAAGAGGCUGGGCCUGGGACGGCAAGAAAGCCCAGGAAGCAGCCAAGAAUAAGAAAAAGGAGCGGGAACGUCUACUGAAUACAACCACCAACGCUUAUAACACUGCGAGGUUGCCCCUCCCGCCCAACAUUCCCAGGGAUCAGGUCUCUGCCGACGCAUCCUUGGCCCCAGGGAAAGCCCCAGAAGAGAAGGCUGCAGAAAACAAAAAGACUUACAAUAGCAUCAGCAAGAUCGAUAAGAUGUCCCGUAUUGUGUUUCCAGUUUUGUUCGGCACUUUCAACUUGGUCUACUGGGCCACCUAUCUGAAUAGGGAGCCCGUGAUCAAGGGAGCUGGUUCACCAAAAUAACUCAGAGAGUCACCCUCCAGUCAGAAGGUGCCCAGGCCACAGGGACCCCGGGACCUUCUCUACAUGGGCACUCUCUUUCAGGAAUUUUUUGCAUGUUCCAUAAUGUGUACCAAUAAUAUUGCCUUGAUGUUUCUAUAUAUAUAAGUGUCAGAAGUUUCAAAGAGGUUGUCUUGAUUCAAAAGGGUGGGGGUGGAGAGCAGAAAUCUUUCUAGAACAUGGCGAGAAAUAGCAGCUCCCAGCCUUGGAUGCCCAAGAUCUAUCUCACAGCGAUCGUUUACAAACCCUAUAAGUCUAUUUUUAACAGUUCCAAGGGUUAUUUAACAACGUUUUUUAUACUUCCAAUGUCAUUUCAUACAAAUUUUCCCAGUGAAGAAAUAUUUUACAAAAUGCUCUGUGAUGACGUGUCGGUCAGCCCUCGGCAGUGACCAAGAACACAUGUCUCAGUCACCAAAGGCAAAUCGUCAGCAGUGAACAACAAAAUGAAUUUCUUGGAGAAUCCUUCCUGUUCUACAGUCAGAAGACAAUUGCAUGAUCUCACAUUAAGAAAUAGCAUAGCGGGGCUGGAGCGAUAGUACAGCGGGUUGGGCAGCGUCUGCCUUGCACGUGGCCGACCCGGGUUCAAUCCCCGGUAUCCCAUAGGGUCCCCCAAGCACCACCAGAAGUAAUUCCUGAGUGCGGAGCCAGGAGUAAUCCCUGAGUGUUGCUGGGUGUGACCAAAAGAAGCAAACUAAUAAUAAUAAUAAUAUAGCAAAUAUUUAAGCAGACAAAUUCAAUGACAGAAAUAAUAGGGUAUGCUAGAUUCACACUUAAAAUCUUUCCCCCGUGGAAAAAUUUAACUGCAUAAAAAUUCUUUUUGAUUUUUUUGUAAGAGGAAAUCAUUUCUUCCCAACCCCAUUCCCCUUCACUAAGCAAAUAAUGACCAAAAUAGACAAGAAGCAGCUAAACCAAGACCCGUGAGGCACCUGUGGUGGUCGGCCCUUGUUACCUGUGGAGUACCACAGCUCCCCCCGUGCCGGGGCAACUGCGCUUCAGUGGUAAGAAGUGAUGGUCAAUUGUUCUUCAUUUGAUUUCAUGUACGCUUUUAUGGUUGAACUAUUGCUCUGUUCGCUUUUGUAUAUGAAUCUUAAAUGUUCAUUAAAAAGUGAAAAACAAGCUGA